AUCCGCAUCACCAGUGUUGAGAAGGAAGCGCAGUGAAAAAAAAUUAACGAUGUUUUUUCUUUUUUCUGUACUUGUUGCCUUUUUAGCUCCUUCGAUUUGUCACGGAUGUGGCAAAAGACCAUUCCAUUCUACACGAGUGGUAAAUGGGCAAAACGCUGCACCUCACUCGUGGCCAUGGCAGGUAUCUCUCCGUAAAGAUGGAAUGCACAUCUGUGGUGGAUCUCUGAUCAAACCCAACUGGGUGGUUACUGCCGCUCACUGUGUCUACAAGAAUAAAUAUCCAGGAUUUUACAGAGUUGUUGUAGGUGCCCACAAACGCCUUGGAUUUACUUCGAUUGAAAAGGCGUUUCGGGUUAAGGCCAUUCACCUGCAUGAGGAAUUUACUAUGGAGACUCUGAAACAUGACAUUGCGGUUCUUGAGCUCAGAGGCUCAGCAACGAUCAGUGAUAAGGUCUCCACAGUUUGCCUUCCCACUGAGGAACCGAAGCCUGGGACGAAGUGUUUUAUAACAGGAUGGGGCCUUGUUUCAGAGAGCGAACAAGCGAACAUCUUGCAACAAGGGGAGAUGCCUAUAGUGUCGAACGACGAUUGUGCAAAGAAAUACACUCGGUUUGAUAGCAAGGCUCACUUAUGUGCUGGGAAGGGACAGGAAAGCAAUUCAGCUGGUUGCCGUGGCGAUAGUGGAGGUCCACUUGUGUGUGAACAGGGUAACUCUUGGUAUCUGCACGGUGCUGUUAGCUUUGGUAAAAAGGGAUGUUUGCCGACCGCCUACACUGUAUUCGCAAGAAUCACAAGUUAUAUCCCGUGGAUUAUGAAUAAAAUAGGAGGGAGCCCGCCGCUACCAGCGACGCCACCCCCACCAGCAACACCACCCAAAGCCGUCUCCACCGAAACCAGGGCCUGGUUGCCGAGAUAGCCAGACAUAUUGCCCCAGGUAUAAGCACUACUGCAUUAAAUAUCCGAGUUUCAGAAAGGAUUGCCCCAAAACCUGCCAUGCUUGUUAAACGACGUCGAAGAACUCAAAUCAAACACAGUAGAUUAAACCAUAUUAACCCUCAUA